GCAGCCGUGGGCCCACAUAGUGGGUAGACAAUUGGUGAACCAAUAUUCUCAUUUCUCAACAGGGCCCUAUUCCCACUUCCCACCUUCUUCCUAUCUUCUCUUUCUCACAGAAAAAGUGUUUGGUACAUGCAUCCAUCGCUUCGAGAGACGGUGAGGUCGUUGGCAUCGUAAAUCGCGAAUCACAGGGAUCAUCUCAUCUGAAAAUUUUAACUAUUUAAAUUUAUUAGAAAUUAUAAAAAAAUGGACGAGGUGAUCACUGUGACGGAUAGGGCGUCGUUGAGGAGCGGUCAAACAACGCCAUCCUCAUCGUCCUUGAUGUUUCUCCCUAACAACCUCCCUCUGAUCUCCGCCUUUCUGGCCCUUGCUCUCGCUCAAUUCCUUAAGAUCUUCACCACCUGGUCCGUCUGUACUAUUUAUCUGUUUCUCAUGCUCAGGUAUAAAGAGAAAAGAUGGGAUUCUAAAAGAAUGCUAGGCUCUGGUGGAAUGCCAUCAUCACAUUCUGCAACUGUGAUAGCUCUAGCAGUAUCGAUAGCUUUACAAGAAGGGACAGGAAGUCCAGCUUUUGCUAUUGCAGUGGUGUUGGCAUGCAUUGUAAUGUAUGAUGCCUCAGGAGUCAGACAACAUGCUGGCAAGCAAGCUGAAUUGCUGAAUCAAAUUGUAUGCGAGUUUCCUUCAGAUCACCCAUUAUCUAGUGUUACACCUCUACGUGAAUUACUAGGCCAUACUCCAGUACAGGUUGUUGCAGGUGCCAUGUUGGGAUGCAUUGUGGCAUAUCUGAUGAGAAACAGAAAUUAGGUUGUAACUAGACUGACACUAAUUCUUUGGUUGAGCAUGUUAGUGUGGCAUAGGCGGCAGCUUGGCAGCAAGAUCGUAUCAUCAGAUCCCGAUGUUGUGAGACAAGUUCCAGGAGUUGAUCACCUGUGGAGCUAUCUGUGGAUUUAUUUUGAGGGUUGGGUGGAAGAUUAUGUUUCUUCUUGGUUUGGAACCUCAAAGUGUAUACCUGAAAAUUUCUACUUGGACAUCCAUUCUCUGUUGUUCUCGUGAAAAUGCAAAUUGUAGUGAAAGAAUCUGAGAUUUUUCCAAAAAAAUUUUUUAUUAAGAUUUUAUAGCGGCUUAUCUUAA